AUGAGGGACGCCGGGGAGGUGGCGCGCAGCUCGGGCAGCAAGCGGGUCAUGGGCGCAGUGCGCGAGAACGGUUUCAACGCCCGCGGCGCCGCUGCGCGCGCCCAGAAGCGCGCACGCGCGCAGGCCGGCGCCAGCGAGGCCGACGCCCCCGCGCCCGAGCGGCGCGCGAGCAGCAGCAGCAGCUGCGACGUCGCCCCUGGGCCGCAUGCGGUCAAGGCCGCAGGCGGCGCGCCUGGCGCUGGGGACGCGCCUGGCGGCGCGCCUGCGUGCCUCAGUGCCAACGCACAACAGCAGCGCGGGGGCAUGCCUGAGAUCAAGCACGACCCGGCGGCUUUCGCGGCUGCAAUGGCGUUGCCUGGUGGCGCUUUGCAGGCGUUGCCUGGUCUACCGGACCUGGGCGCCCCGCCGCGCGCCGCCGCUGCGACAGCUGCCGCUGCCGCCGCGGCGGAGGUGUACUCCGUGCUGAACGGCGCCGGCUACCUGUCGCCGCUAGGGCGCUGCGGCGAUGGUGGGGCGGCGUCGCCGGCGGCGGGCGGGCAGCAGCAGCUGCAGCAGCAGCAGCAGCGCGCCACGGCCACUUGGAGCGGCAGCUUCGACAGCAGCGCCACUUGCGUCGAUUUUGGGGGGCACAACUGGCCCCACGCCACGCCCACAGACGUGGCGUUGCACGGCCGUUUGCAGCUCCAGCACGCCGUGUCUGCGCCUAUGUCGCAGUUCGCGGCCGCCGGCCUGCCGCCAGCGUCGCCGGCCAUCGCGCCCGGCGCGUCGGCGGCCGUCCCGCGUGGUGGUUUUCAGGGGCACAGUGCGACGGCGAGCCCGAGCACGGACCAGCGCUGCGGCGCGGCUGCGCUCAGGGCAGGCACAGCCGCCGCGGAGUACGGCGCGCAGCCGUGGCUGCUGGCGGCCCAGCUGUCAGAGCAGGAGGAGCAGCUGAGGCAGCGGGUGUCCCAAGACAGCGGCCUCAGGGAGCAGCUGCACGAGCGACUGCAGCUGCUGCAACGGCGGCAGGAGCGCGCGCAGCAGCUGCAGGCGCUGCUGCAGCAGCAGCAGGCGCAGGCGCUGCAGCAGCAGCAGCUGUAUGAGCAGCAGCGGCACCUCGCGCAGGUGCAGCAGCAGCUGCACGCGCUGCACCGCCACGCGCACUCGCACAUGCUGCUACCGCAGCUCUCUGAGGGCGCGGCCGGGGCGCUGCUCCCUUACGGCUUUGGUGCUGAAGGCCACCCUGCAGAGUUCAUGGCAGCUCCGCCCCACGCCGACCUGGUCGCAGGCGGCGGCUGCGCGCUCGGCGGCGUGCACGGCUGCCACCCGCACCAUGACGCGUCGGCGGCUGCGGCGCAUGCGCUGGCAUAUGAGGUGCCCGCGCCGCUCACGCAUGGCUAUGCGCAUGCGGAGGCGCAGCAGCUCGCGGACUGCGGCCAGGGGCAUGGGCAUGGCGAGAUCGAUCUGGCGGAGGACGUGGAUCUGGACAUGCUGCUGGACUGGAUGAGCUGA